AUUAAUGGGCCUAUGCAGGAGGAAACUUCACCGUCUUUGGCGGUUUUCGCGGUUGAGUGCUCCAACCGUUCCUUGUCCGAUUGUCCAUUUUCCCGCUUCCGCAUUCAUUCGCUCCCCUGUCCCUCCUCUGGCUCUGCAUCUCUUCCGCACUUCGCACUCCCACUUCAUUAGCCUUCCAUCGACGUUGCCGCACCGGAGUUUCAACUCUUUUUUCGGGCCGAGACCUGACGUGUAGAGGUCUAUCCAGCGGUCGUUGCUGCUGAUUGGGAAGUAGAAGUACAAAUCGAGUAAUGGGAAACCUCAUCAGUCAAGCUGCGAAUGGCAUUGGAGAUGCCCUUGGAAGUGCUUUUUCUGCUCCGUUCAAGAGCGUCUUCGGCGCAUCAUGCGAGGAAGUCUGUUCAGGGCCAUGGGAUGUAGUGUGCUUCAUCGAGCAUCUAUGCGUUGCCAAUCUAGCAAAAUUCUUGUUGAUUGUGGGGCUUUGUUACAUGAUUCUUUUGUUCUUCUUCCUAUUAUUCAAGCUCGGGAUCUGCCAAUGCAUAGGGAGGAGCCUCUGUAAGAUGUGUUGGGCUGCGUGUGUGACAUACUGGUACGCAGUCGGGGACAUAUCGUGUUUCUUGUGUCACAGGCUAAUGAGCACGAAGCGGGUUUAUCGAAGAAGGCGUCGAUACCGAGACCUUGAAGUUGGGUACCAAAGUUCGACUGAUGAAGAGACCAAUUUCUCGAGCCAUCACCGCCAUUCAAGUGCAAGUAAGAAGAGGAAGUCACUUGGAGAAUCUGCAGGUGUCCGAAGCCCUGCCUACCCUUCGAGCAGGCAUGGAAGGCACAGCAGCCACAGCCGCAGGCACCACCGCAUGAAGUUGAGGAGAAAGCAGGUUUCUUUCCGUGUCAAGGGACGUGCUCAAAGGCUGAAGAGCUUGAGACAUCAUCGACGGGUUGGUUCCAUGCAUCAUCAUCAUCGAAGGGAAAGCAAAAGUUUUAAGAGGCAAAGGCUCGGGUGCUAAUUGCUCUGUAUAGAUACAAAAAGAGAUGUUUACUGUCAGUAUUCUUCCUUUCGGCUGAUCAUUUCACUGAAUUUCUGGUCCCCGCUUGUAUAUGGUUUUAAGUUAAGUUGCUUACCGCA